UCCAUUUUUUCAUUCCUGUAAUUUAAAGGGGCCCUCAAAAGUGCAUCAUAAAAAAUGCGAAUAUUAGAAGAACAUAAUGCGUGAGGUUUCGAACCCAGAAAAUAUAAUAUCACCUAAGAAUAAGCGAUUUCGGCCUUGUGACCAUGGUUGGUUAGCCACGCAUUUUGUAGCUCAUCGAACUGAAUCCGCGAGUUCACUCCAGAUGGCCAGAACGGCGUGGCGAUGCGCAUUGGUGAUCCUCACUGGUGUCCUCCUGUGCGCGGCCGUCGAGACGGCGGUGGCGGCGAAGAGGGUGUCCAUCCCCGACGACCUGCGAGACGUGGUGGACGACGAAGAGGACGACGACUGGCGCCAUUGGGGCGCGGCGGCGCCACCGCGGGACGACGGCCAGCCGCCCGACCUGGCCGGCAUGGAUCCGGCCGCCCUCCAGGCCGAGCUCCUCCGCCGCCACGCCGGCCCCUCGUUCGGCUUCGUCAAGCUCCGCCUCGGCGUUCGCCGCUCCCAGGAGGAGGUGAUGGGAAUCGCGACGAGGUGGACCAAUGUGCUGCGCACUGGAUCGGUGGCGGCCAAAUUCGUGGCUGUGGAUUUUGGCACUCUCAUGUUCACCAUGGACACAGGGCAGGACAUUCUUGAGGUGAAAGAGUUUAUUUUGAGCCAACCAGAGGCUUACGAGUUUAAGAUUGGGAAUCAAGCUUUCAGAAGGCCAGGAGACCCACCUCUUGAUGAAGUUGUCGAGAUGCUACAGAAACAGAAGAGUACUAUGCUCAGCCAAGAUCCUGGCUCGCAACAGUAUAAAUCUAAAGUUGAGCUAUAGAUUUGCCCAUCAUCAAAAUUCAGUAGUUUCUGUAGGGCAUGUUCUUUUGCUCUUUGGCAUUAAACUUCAGUCCUUUUCCAUCACAUCAACCUGUCAUACACACGCAACUUUUCAGUCACAUCAUCUUCAAUUUCAACUAAAAUCUAAACUUUGCGCUGAACUACAUACAACAUUUCUUUUGUAGAAGUAGAUGCUAUUUCCUAUGUUUUUUUCCUCCAAAAAGAACGGCAAUAAGUCUUUGGCAGCUUGGUGUUCACUGUUCAGCUCCUGUAAAGAAUUACUGAACGGAAUCGUGAUAAUAAUUAAUGAACGAGUACCACAUAAGUACCCGAUUGUUUA